AUGUAUUCCAAUACCAUUCUUUUAUUGCCUUUAUUACUACUUGCUAUUUUAUUGAUCGGAUUAUCGGACAGCACAUCUGCACUGUCAAUCAAAACGAAACAAGGUGACCAUCAGCACCGCAAACCUCUGCCUGGACGCUACUUGAUCGAAUUCGCAGGCGAUGACGACGCUGAUAAGAAUUCGGUCAUUCUUUUAAACUCUCUCAAGACAAAGUUUCCCGAGGCUCGCCUGGCUACUCCACGAGUGCUCAAUUACGAACUUAUGCGGGCAGCCACACUCCAGAUAGAUGCGGCCAAGGGUCAUUUACACGAAAGUAUCCUCAAGGCUGUUUCCGAUUCCAACUUAGUUUCUGACGUCUACCCACUCCAUGCAAUGUCUCGUCCAAAAGGAGUGACGUCUGCUCCCCUUUCUCUUCAUAAGAGCCUUCCUCCCUCGCAAAAACACGCUCAGCACGAGAAGGUUAUCGAUGCACAUUUGUUGAUGGCUCAUUCAAUGACCCAAGUGGACCGCGUUCAUGAAGAAUACAAUAAUACUGGCGAAGGCAUAUUCAUAGCUAUUAUCGAUGACGGUGUCGAUUAUAUGCAUCCUGCAUUGGGUGGCGGAUUCGGCCCAGGUUACAAAAUCCGCUAUGGAAAAGACAUGAUCGGCGUUCCUGCAAUAGUAACCGACAACGAAGGUAACUCGAACCGUGUUCCUGACGAUGACCCAAUGGACAACUGCGGUGAUUACGGUCUUGCAGGAGGGCACGGUACCCACGUCGCUGGCAUCAUAGGCGCCAAAUCAGAGAACUACACGGGCGUUGCUCCUGAUGCCAUCUUAGGAAUGUGGCGAGCCUUGGAUUGUACUGGUUACGGUGACGAAGAUUCCGUCAUUGAAAGCAUGCUUGAUGCUCAUAAGGCUGGUGCCCAUAUAAUUUCCAUGAGCUUGGGUGCUCAUGAGUCCUGGUCAGAGUUUGUAACUGCCGUUGUGGCGGAGCGUAUCACUGCUAAUGGAACAAUUGUCAUCGCUGCUGCCGGAAACGAUGGUCUUGAUGGCGCGUUUACUAUCAAGUCCCCUAGUGUCGGAAAAGGUGUUGUCUCUGUAGCUUCUUUUGAUAAUGAACACACUCUAAGAGAGACCAUUCACGUUUAUGGUGUUGAAGACCCACUUGAUAUUAUUACUGUAAAUGAUACGAUUGGUGCUAUUUCUGAUGGUCAAGUUGUUGCUGGUGACGUACGUGUUGGCGGCGAAUCCGAUGCUUGUGAUGCUGGUGAUGUUCCACCCAAUGUCAACGGAAAACUUGCUAUAGUACAACGCGGAAAUUGUACCUUCGACCUCAAAGUACACAAUCUCCACCAAGCAGGAGCUAUUGGCGUCUUGAUUUUUUUCAAUGAAAGCACGCUUGGUGAUGCGUUAUUCGUCCCUGGUGCAGCGUCAGCCCAGAUUCCUGUUGCCGGCCUUUCCUACAACAACGGUGUCACCGUCCUUAAAGCCAUCGAGAGGAAUGAUGGAGAGCCAAUACAACUGAAUAGAAGCGCCAGAAUCAUCAAGGUUCCUACCGGCAAUACAGUCUCAAUAUUUUCCAGUGUCGGUCCUUCCUAUGAAAAUGAUUUCAAGCCCAAUAUUGCAGGUGUAGGUGGCUAUGUUUAUUCGACCUUUCCUCGUUAUUUGGGUUCUUGGAAAGUCGACAGCGGUACAUCAAUGGCCACGCCUUACGUGUCGGGAGCCUUUGCACUCUAUUUAAAGGCAAUAAGCGAUAAUAAACAGGAGCAACAGUCGCCAACUUAUAUUCUUGAGCAGUUCCAAAACUAUGCCUACAAAGCACUUGCCUCAAACGAAACAGAUGAAGCUGAUUCACCUUACCGACAAGCAGCUGGUCUCAUCCAAGUGUACGAUGCGAUCAGUCAAAAGACCCACGUAUCACCUGGGAGCAUCAGUUUCAACGACACCGCCAACUUACAAAAGACUCAUAAGCUUACUGUCACUAACAAUGGCGAUUCGAUUGUUUCGUACGAAAUCGUGAACAAGGUCAGCGUAUCUAUUGCACCUUACAAUGACAGCUCGAAUAUCUUCAGCGAGCCUGCAACAAUGAUCAGCGGUUCGAGCGCACGUCUUCGUUUCUCCCGCAAGAUGGUCAAGAUUUCGCCUGGCGCCACCACUAAUAUCACGCUUACUGUAAUGCCACCGGACACGGAUCCAAAACUUCAUAUCAUGUACGGAGGCUAUGUCGAGCUGAAAAGCAAGGUGUCGUAUCACAAAGAUAUUACUGUUCCAUACAUCGGCAUCGUCGGAAACCAGCGUGAUCUGCCCGUAUUUUCUGACGACUCGCCUGCCAUUCUCGAUUUCAACCUUACGACGAUCUAUAACGAAACGAAUACUUUCGUUUUUAAACUCAAAGACAAUUCGACCCAGCCUGUCGUUGCUAUUUCUAUGUUGUCACCAAGCAAGCUUGUCUUAUUCCGGUUGUACAAUGAAAAGAAAGAAUAUUUAGGCUACGCGAUGCCUCCCGCCACCAACUGUGUGCGCAGCACCAACAAGUCUCCUCUUUCCGUGGCUGAAAGUUGGGAAGGCUUUUACUACACAGCGCUUCCUCCGGCCGAUGAUGGGUAUGAAGUGAAGACAAACACUGACGCUGGUGCAUCAAAGAAGCAAGUUGGACCUGGAAGAUAUAGAAUCGGUGUUGAAGCACUUAAGCUACUAGGCGAUCCUCAGAAUCCGCACGAUUGGGAGCACUGGACAUCUGACGCUAUUCAAGUUGUGUAA